GUGUGCAAGUCAAUGUGAAAGACAUGUGAGAUGUAAAAUGUUAUGAAAAAUUGAAAAUAUGAUGUUAUUAAAGAAACCUAUAUCUUUAAGUUAUUGUCAGUGGAGAAAAUUAAGCAGCAAAUGUCGAAGGGUUGUUGUAACUGGAAUGGGGGCUGUAUGCCCUGUAGGGUUAAAUGUGAAACAGUCCUGGGAAACGAUAAUUGCAGGAGGUUGUGGAAUUCGUAAAUUGGAUGAAAGAUAUAAUAAUUUGCCAUGCAAAAUUGCUGGUGUUAUAUCUAGUGAAGAACUUAAUGUUGAGGGUCGAUUCAAGAAAUCUGAAUUAAGAACAAUGACACCGGCUAUAACAUAUGCAAUGAUUGCGGCUGAAGAGGCUUUGAAAGAUUCAAAAUACGAAUGUAAUGAUGAAGAAUCAUUAAAUUCAACUGGUGUAGCUGUCGGUAUUGGAAUGGUUGAUUUAGAAGAAGUACUGAGGACAAAUGAAUCUCUUCUGCAAGGAUACAACAAAGUAAGUCCAUUUUUUGUCCCUAAAAUUCUACCUAAUAUGGCUGCUGGUCAAAUAAGUAUGAAAUUUGGAUUUCGUGGUCCAAAUCAUUCUGUGUCUACUGCUUGUGCAACAGGAGCCCAUUCCAUAGGGGACGCAUUUAGAUUCAUUCGUAACGGCGAUGCUACAGUAAUGUUAGCUGGGGGGGCUGAGGCUUGCAUAAGCCCUUUAGCUAUUGCUGCAUUUUGUAGGUUAAGAGCACUUUGCACAUCAUCCAAUGACAAUCCUGAGAAGGCUUCUCGGCCUUUUGACAGGGAUAGAAAUGGUUUUGUCAUGGGUGAAGGUUCUGCAAUAUUUGUUUUGGAAGAGCUUGAACAUGCCUUGGGUAGAAAUGCACAAAUAUAUGCUGAGAUCCUUGGAUAUGGAUUAUCCAGCGAUGCAUCUCAUUUAACAUCACCUAGGGAAGAUGGUAUGGGAGCUACAUUAGCUAUGUCCAGAGCUUUAAAAGAUGCAAAUGUUAAUUCAAAUGAUAUAAGUUAUGUCAAUGCUCAUGCAACGUCUACUCCAAUUGGUGAUGCCAUAGAAACUAGAGCCAUCAAAACAAUAUUUGGUGAUCAUUCCCCUGAGCUAAUGGUAUCUUCAACUAAAGGAGCUCAUGGGCAUUUACUGGGAGCUGCUGGCAAUAUAGAAACAGUAUUUACUGUAAUGGCAAUCAAAACUGGUAUUGUACCACCAACAAUAAAUUUAGAAAAUCUAACUGAAGAUAUGGACUUGAAUUAUGUGCCUAAUAAAUCUUGUGAUUGGAAGAGUUGUGAUAAGAGAAUAGCUUUGAAAAAUGCUUUUGGUUUUGGAGGUACAAAUGCAUCAUUAUGUAUAGGCGAAUAUAGAGAGAUAUAAUCACAUAAUGCUUAUAUGCUGAUUUUAAAAAGAGAUUAUAUAAUAGUUUUGUAAUACAAAUAAAUAAAAUAUAUUU